UUGAUAGAUAGAUGCUCAAGAACUGCCAUUGAAGACCAUCCCCAAGGAACGAACAAAGCAUGUCUCACAUAGCUGUGGAGAGAAACAGGAGGAGGCAGAUGAAUGAACAUCUCAAGGUCUUGCGUUCCUUAACCCCAUGCUUCUACAUCAAACGGGGAGAUCAAGCGUCCAUCAUAGAUGGCGUAAUAGAAUUCAUCAAGGAACUGCAACAAGUCCUACAAUCCUUGGAGGCAAACAAGAGGAGGAAGAGUCUAAGCCCUAGCCCUAGCCCGAGACAGCUCCAGCUAAUCAACACGCCACCACCGCCCCCCGAUAGUCCCUUCAGUUUCGAGAGCACCACUACCAAUAAGGAAUUAGGAGUGUGCUGCAACUCCUCAGCUGCCGAUGUCGAGGCGAAGAUCUCAGGGCCAAACGUGCUGUUGAAGGUAAUUGCUCGGAAGAUGCCGGGCCAAAUCUUGAAGAUAAUUAGCGUCCUUGAGAAACUCUCAUUUCAGAUUAUUCACCUCAACAUCAGCAGCAUGGAAGACACGGUUUUGUACUCCUUCGUCGUUAAGAUAGGGCUUGAAUGUCGGCUAAGCUUGGAGGAACUAGCUCUGGAAGUUCAACGAAGCUUCUCUUUGGACCCAUUGUGGAAUGCAGAAGUGUCACUUGAUCUCGCUACUGAUGUGUUUGUUCCGCACAAAUGUCCGAGCAAAAACCUCAUCUUCUUGAUGCAGAAAUUACAUUUGAAGCUGUCUACAACCAGUCUCUAAGCCUAAUCCGAUUGUUUGUCCAAAUCGGAAUGCUACUAAGGAUUGGUCAGUGUGUGAAAGAUCAAGCUUGUGAGAUUGGACCUUGAAAUUUUUUAUGGUUCUAGUUAGUAGUUCAGCAAAAACAUUAUAUGGAUUAUUGAUAGGAAGGUGAUCAACAUUAUGCCUAUGGAGAUGAAAAUCUGUGAAAGUACAUAUCGUAUUAGAGUUCAUCCAGCCUUUUGCAAAACUAUAGAAUCUUGAGUUGAGUCUAAAGAUGUGAUCUAACAAAUUAAAGCCAAGACAGAUCGUAUGUACAUUAAACUAGAAUAUCGAGGUAAGUCUCUAUGUGAUUUGACAAACCAAAGUGAAAAAAAUUACAGGUAGUCACAGCUGAAUAGAUACUACUUGUAUGAAAAUCAUAGACAAGAUCGAUGGAAUCAUGCCAGUUUCGUGAAUUCUUUUGUUUGGAUGUGACUGCCAUAGAAUAUGCAAUCGAAUUGCAUCCUUGUUAAGAUUUCGAUUGUUCAUAUAGUUUUAGCGAUCAAAGCAUAAAUAUUAUCAAGCACGUGACACAUUGUUGACAACUACAAGAUUGAUAUCAAUAUGGGCACACAUCGGUGAUUAUUGUCAAUCAGUUAUCGAUAUAGAGUAUGGUUAACGAUGGUCAACAAAGGUAUCAAUUAAUAAGAUUGAUAAACUAUCAAGAAGUUGGGAGAAAGUUGAACAUAUAAAGGGCACUAAAAUGCUGUUACAAGUUUCAAGUCACUGCAGAACAAAGUGAUUGGAGUCGUGGAGCAACAAGCACGCAUUUUUUAAGGAGCAACUGUUUGGAGACAAGAUCAUGGCAUCGUGAGAAUGUGGGCACAAAACUUUCUAAGACAGAGGAACAUGGAUACAACCACUGGAAAACCUCUCAAGAACGGUUAUGGCACAACCACUAUAAAUACAAUCAAUCUUCUACAUGAGAGCCCCCUGCACAAACAAACAAAAUGCAAUCUUUCAAUUAUCUUUACUUUCUU